AUCAACCCGGUCGCCUUUCAUCCCCCCCGCCGGUGUGAAAACGCAACGUCGCAUCUAUUUGUCAAUACCUUCAUUUUCACCCUCUGAACAUUUCCUUGGCGCCUUGGAGCUUUUGUGGAGUUCUGAUCGUCGCGUCUACCGAGUCGACCCGCGAGCUUCGUAAUACUCAUAUCGUAGCUCCCCUGAAACUGCCGAUCGGGAAACGGUUCAUCCCAUUUGGUAGCCUUCGGGAGCUUCCCUGUCCGGUCCCGCCUCGCUCUCCGGUUCAGAGCUUAGGACAAUGCGUCUUCUCCAGAUCUGCGCUCUGACUCUGUUUGCCUUCGAUGCGACAGUCUGGGGCGCUUCUGAAGAGAAGAAGGCUAAGCCAAUUAAGCCAUGUACCGUUCUGUCGCCGACCAGCGGUUCUUUUUUCGACCUGACUCCCAUAUCAUUGUAUCCGCCAAAGGCAGGAAAGAAAUUGAAGAAGGAUGACAGAACGGAAAGCUGGCAUGCCAAGGGCUACGAUUAUCCUGCUAACUUCACUCUGAACGUUUGCGCCCCCGUAAUGGAGGGCCUCAAGGAUGUUAUUGGCGUGGAGAAAUCAUUGUGGAGGAACGUCAGUGCGUUUUACAAGAUGGAUGGGAAGACCUAUUCCAUUGGCCAGCAGUCCUCCAGCCCCAUUUUCAGAGGCCGAAAGCUUGUUCUGAAUUAUACCGAUGGAUCCCCGUGCCCGGCGCCGCGUCUCUCUCAUUCACUCAGCACUCUCGACAAAGACACUAAGCGAAAGUUGAAGGAUGAUGAUGAUGAUGACAAUAUUUCAAAAGAUGUUCGGAGAAAGUCGACUGUAAUCUCGUUCCUCUGCGAUCGAGACCCGCUGGCUCCUAAAGCUGUUGUAUCGUUUGUCGGUUCGCCCGACGACUGUGCUUAUUUCUUUGAGGUUCGCUCCCAAGCAGCAUGCGCUGGUGUCAACGACGCGCAGCAGACUUUGGGUCCUGGCGGCGUGUUUGGAGUAAUUGUUCUCAUCGCAGUUUUAGUCUAUCUGGUUGGUGGAUGUGUAUACCAGAGAACGGUGAUGCACCAAAGAGGCUGGCGACAGCUGCCCAAUUAUUCCAUGUGGGCUGGCAUUGCAAGCUUCAUCAAGGACAUGUUCGUCAUUCUCUUCUCUUCCUGUCUCCGCUUCAUGCCCAAGCGACGAAGGUACAGCCGCGUAUCAAACGGUAAUGCGCGAGGCAGGGCUGGCCGAACAGACGAUGAGAAUCGACUGAUUGACCAAUUGGACGAGGAGUGGGACGAAUAGACUGAAUCAAUCAUAAUGUUUAUUUUGGCAUGGGCGGUUGAUAGUGGCGUUUUGGCUUGAUAUUUCCCACGAUCCUUUGGUGAAGCGUAUAGACUAUAAUUCGUCACCUCCUAUAUAGCGCGAGUCAAGUACUAUGAAAAAUAGGGCAUGGAUAAUUCUACCAGAGUGCCUUUAACAUGAUUUGUAUCUGUAUCAUCAAUAACUUUUCUGGCGCUAGGGUUCAAUUACGUGACAAGGGC